AUGGCUCGGCGCUCGCAUCUUUCACCCCGCGAGCGCGACCGCGAAGGCACCCUCGUCCGCAUCAUGGGCUUCAUGAAGCACUUCCGCUCGCGCUCCAAGCUGCGCGACAAAGAGAAGGACCUCCACCAGCAGCACUUCUUCCCCGCCGUCUACACCGGCCCCGACCGCAUCAGCCGCCUGCCCGAGAAGGUCCUGCGCCUCAUCUUCCAGAAUGUGUGCCCGCACUCUACCGACGAGACAUACGAGUCCAGCGAGAGCUCCAUCGUGUCGGAUGGCUGCAUGCUCUGCGACCUCCGAGACCUGGCAAACUGCUCCAAGACGCGCCGCCAAUGGUACCCAAUUGCGUCGGGGCUGCUCUAUCACAGCAUUAGAAUCGACGCCGUCCACUACUGCGAGCUCGAGGAGAUCUUCUCCGAGAAGCGGCGGCGCAAGUCACGCAACCACGAAGCCGUUGACACCCCUACCGCGCGACUACAGCUCCUAUGCCGGACCGUAAGGGACAAUCAAUACUGCGCCAGUGCUGUCCAGUUCCUCAAGCUGCCAUAUAUGACGCGGGAGACCAGCAAGGCCGACCUUGCCCGAACUGUCUCGGUCCUCCCAAAUCUCCUCUAUGUCGAUUUACCGGAAGGCUUCUUCACGGGAGACCCGUCGUGUCAUACACUGAGACAGGAGCUCCAAGUUCGGUGCCCGCACAUCCGGAAAAUGAAGUAUGAGGCUGGAGCAGAGCAGUCCCUGGAGCUUCUGCUACAGCGGCACUGGCAAGACCUACAAAUUCUGGAGAUAUCCAAGUUACGGGUCGAACCCACCAUCCUGCGCCAGGUCCUGGCCUCUCUGCCUGUCAUUCGCAAUCUAACAAUUUCCGACAUGCCCUGGUUGGAGAGCUCAAUCUUCCAGUCCAACCAAAUGAUCCCGGAAUUUCCGGCCUUGCACACCCUUACCCUGAAUAGGGCUCCAGGCAUCACUGCUGACGGACUUGUCCAAUAUUUAUCCCGGUCCGACACGCGUGGAUCCCUCAGGAUUCUGAAACUAAAGGAAUGCUCCGGCAUCCCGGUCUCGACACUUCAUUCCGUCCUAUGGGCUGCCUCACACCUGGUGGAGCUCAGCAUCAUUGCUCAAGUUGCGAAUUCACUCCCACUGGAGCCCAUCCCACCGCUCCAAUCGAUCAGCCUCAAGACUCUCCAUUUCGAGAUCACCUCAAUCUCCUCAAACCAGCACUCGCUCUACCCACCCGCCCUCUCCUACUACAAUUAUCUCACCAACUCACUCAUGUCGAACUCUCUCCCGGCACUCCGAGAACUUUACGUCCGCGACCCAGAUUUCCCCGAAUCACUCACCCUCGCGCCUCCUAUUGUACCAUUUGCAGAUUCGCCCCAACACGCGCCCCGUGGCUUCCACCAACAGCUCGAAGUCUUCUCCAAGGGCCUCGACGAGCUUGAAUGGGUCUACACAUCUGUCAUGCCCUCUGAAGGACCUGGCAGGCGUGGCUCGAUGUCCGGUGGACGUCCGCUCAGCGCCUACACUGCGAGCAAAGGACUCGGUGCGCAUUGGGGUGGCGAAGCAAGAAAGAGCGUGGUUGUGGGCAACGGCUUCGGCGGGUUCUUGGCCGUGCCUGCAGACGACGAGCGGCCGCGCACCGCUGGGAGUCUAAGUGGUGGCGGAUCUCGGGGAAGCUGGGUCCCCGGCCACGCAUCCCGCGAGCACAGGGGCUCCAAGGCAGAUUUGUGGCGCUAA